AUGAGGAAUCCGGAUAGAGCUGGUGGAGGGGGUUUAAUUAGAGAUCAUGAUGGGGCUUGGCUGAAGGGGUUUGCUAGAGGCCUUGGGUUCACUAAUAGUGCCUUGGCUGAGCUUUGGGCACUUAGAGACGGGAGCCUCUUGAAGGAAAUUCCAAGCAAGCGCGUGAUCCAUGCCUUCCGGGAAGCAAACCAAUGCGCUGAUGCAUUGGCUAAAUUAGGAGCGCAAUUUUUGUCUAGCUUUGUAACUUUUUGUAAUCCACCGUCUGUGGUGAAGGAUAUAUUAACUUUUGAUAAGGCUAAUUUAUGUUGUAAUAGACUUGUGAAUUCCUAA